AUGGAAGAGAUAAAUUAUUUCAUGGAUGAUUCAAUAACAGAUGUUUCGCCUACCAUAAUAGAUAUUAUUGAUUUAACUAAGGAAUCACCAAAUACAGUCAGACGUUCAAGAUCACAAAGGAGGAAUGAUGAAGAUGUACCUUCUAACCAUAAUAUAGGUUCACAUAGUCAUAGAAUCGUCAUGCCUAUACCUCCUAUUGUUUUAGGAAACACACAAGAUAUUCCAACAAGAAAUACUAGAAACAGAGAAAGAGUUUCUCAUGCUACAAGCUCAAAUGAAGUUUUGACCCUUGAUAAUACUAUGGAAGAAGAUAAAAUAUGUUAUACUGUUGAAUCAGAUGCUAAAGAACCAAUACCUCUCACAUGUCCAAUAUGCUUUGAAGUACUAUCUUCUAAAUUAAAACCUUAUACUACUCGUUGUGGACAUCUGUUUUGCUCAGAAUGUUUGCAGACAUUUCUUCGUACAGCUAAAAAAUGUCCAACUUGUAAAGCAACUGUAGCUUUAAGAUCUUGUACUCGUUUAUACUUUUAA